AUGUCUCUUCCGCCAGAACUGCGUGUCCUCUGCUUUCAGCUCAGCGCAAUUCCUGUCCCUGAACUUCCACGCCGCCUCCCAACACUUCUGCGAUACAUAUCGCAAUGCCAGGCCCCGCUGUCAUCCCCUACUUCAAAUGCAAAUGCAAAUCUAGCUGAUGCUUCAGCGAGUUCCGGGCUUAUCCACAAGCUAAAGACGCAACUGUCUGCCUUGCUCAAUGGCCGAAGUCCAGAAGGGAGGUUCGCGGCUAUGGUCAUGAUCAAAGGCGUGGUAGAAGUGGGGGAAUGGGAGAUCCUGCGUGGUUCAGAGUCAUGGGUUCGAGGGCUACUAUCUAUCCUCGUGAAGCCCGAUCCUGUUGUAUCAAAGGAAUUGUGUAUAAUGGCACUCACCAAAAUAUAUUGCCUAACCCAUCAAUAUCCAACGCUCAUCCGAGAGAUUACGACUCCAAUGCUACCCAGCUUCAUAACAUCUUGUUUAAAUCUAGUUUCUGCUUCACCAGACGGUGCCCCCGGGUUGCCAUGCUCUCUGGUCGAAGCUGUAUUCCAGUCCUUCACCACUCUAUUACCUCGCCACACCACCCUCUACCGACCGUUCGCGUCUCGGAUCCGGACUGUGACAAGGUCGUAUCUUGCUCCGACUGUGUCGGAUGGGAUGUUUGUGCCAUUGUCGACCAGGGAGAGUGCACGCCAUCUUGUCGUGGCUCUGCACCAGACCGCCCCCAAGAACGGUGGCGGAGAAGAAUGGGGAAAGGAAAUCCGCAAUAUUGUAAAAGAUAUCCACAUGACUGCCGAUAAUGUAUUUAGAGCCGUUAUCGAGGAUUGGGAAUCGACCGCAGGUUAUACAACUGCACCUGUUGACCUCAACCUCGAUCUAUGUGGUGGCGGAAACACUCCUAGCGACCUACCAGCAUGGAAUGGUAUACUCGCUGGUGUGGAGCGAUUGACGGGCUUGAUCGAGUUUCUGACGGAAUACUUUCGGAGUGAAACCUCGCCAUCUGUCUCUAUACCUCUAGGAGCUAUUGUGGAUAUGAUUACAAGGAUGCUAUCAAUCUCCAUACCGUCCUCAAGCUCAUCUUCGGGACAAGGGAGCGUUCGACUCCAUCCUGGUAUUGAUCGCGAUGAGAAGGACGCCUUAUGGUGUGGCAUGCCUCAAAUAUAUAUUGCCGGCUUGCAACUCGUCGAUGCCAUUGCUACGAGGUUAGACCAAGGCUUCGUUCCGCUAGCGGACGGCAUUCUCUGCCAGCUACUAUGGAGUUUUCCUUCUGGUAGGAGCAAUCCUGAGUUCCGAUCAGUCACCUAUACUGUCAUGGCUAGUGUUUUGAUUCAUGUUGGCCAAAGCCUUAACAAAUCUCAAACUAGUAAACUUGCGCCCAUCAUACGGUGGUGCUGCAAAGAUCUGGUUCCCAUCGAUCCAAACUCGACCAAACUUGGGGUCGCUGAAAGUGUCGAGAAAACCCCCAAUGGCCAUAGCAUUACAGCAUCCCAAAAUUCCAAUGCGCUCCUCCACCACAAAGGUAUCAGUUUAGCAAUGGGCGUUGAAAACUCGAGUAUAAAUGCAGAGGCAAAACUCCAGGUCGCUGCAGCGAAGCUCUUGCCUCUGUUGCUAUCAACUCUACCACAACAGCAUCUAGAUAUGCCGCUGCGUUCGCUAGUCGAACGUACCGCAAUCCUAACUCACAACAAACAUGCUAUGUUGUCCAGUGUUUUGUACCCCUUUUUGGGGAAGAAUGGGAUGGCUAUGGCUAGCAUACUUCCGCAUCUUACUAGAGAUUUCGGCAGCGAUGAUAUAGUCGAGAUUAUUCUCAGACCCCGAAUGCCACCCCUACCUACUUCAAAUGUACAGCGUCCUUUGGACGAUACCCGCCAUGGGGAUUCCGAGGAUGAGAGCAUGGAUUUUAUUAUGAAGCCUGAGCCAGCACAAGAAGAUCAUGUUCGGCAUGAUCGUCCCAUGGAUCAACAACCCGGCCUUGGCCAUCCCGAAGACCAUCCUAUCCCAGGCAGUACUAGUACGCAAAACACUUUGUGCGCGACAAGCAAUGUUUUUGUCACUAAAGAUAGCUUUUGUACAGAAAGCCCGUUUGCGGGCCCUUCCUGGAAGACCACAGCAGACACAGCACACGGCGGCAAUAAUCAUGAAACACAUAGCCAAACGAAGAUGAUUGACGAUGUUCACAUGGCCUCGGAGGGCGAGUCAUCUGAUAAUGAGAGCGUCCAUCUCACCAUGCAAUUAGACACUGAUUCUGAUUCGGAUACGGACUGA